CCGGAGCUCGGUCACCCAGCAUGCGGGCACAGCGUAUGCAGAGAACACUGCCCAGUCUGGUCCUCAGACUUCUGUUCCUGUGUACAGUGGCCACGGGCAAGUGCUCGGGCAAGUACCACGAGCUUCUCCUGCAGCUCCAGCGCCAGGCGGACCUCAUGCAGGACACCAGAACACUCGUGGAUCCCUAUAUCCGCUUCCAAGGCCUGGAGAGUCCCAAACUGCAGGAACACUGCAGGGAGCACCCGGGGGACUUCCCCAGCGAGGACGCCCUGUGGAGGCUCAGCAGGCAGGAAUUCCUGCGGACCCUCAACGUCACGCUGGGCCUCGUCCUUCGAAUGCUGAGCGCCCUGCAGCAGGACCUCCCAGAAGCAGCCCAGCAACAGGCGGAGAUGAAUGUCCGUGGGUUCGGGAAUAACAUCCACUGCAUGGCCCAGCUGCUGCGCGGCUCCUUGGACCCAGAGGCCGCUGAGCCCACCCAGCCGGGCCCAGGGCCCACGUUGCCGCCACUGCUGCCGCCCAUGCCGCCCUCCAGCACCUUCCAGCGCAAGCUCAGGAACUGCAGGUUCCUGCGAGGCUACCACCGCUUCAUGCGUGCAGCCGGGCAUGUCCUCCGGGGCUGGGGGGAACGACGGGGCCGCAGCCGCAGACACAGCCCCCACCGGGCCCUGCAGAGGGGGGCCCGCAGGACACGGCCCUUCCUGGAGGUCAGGAGACUCUCGCCCAGGGGCCAGCUGCCCCGGUAG